UGUAGUAACGUACGUUUGAGUGAUUAUAACGAGAGUUUUACAUAAAAACCUGUAGAACCUUGCAUGAUACAUCAUGGAUGGAACGAACUAAUGUAGUUGUUUUUUUCUCAAGGGGCUCUAAAGCACAUGUAUAGAGACGCUGUGAGGGAAUUUAGUUCAACAUUAUCUCCCUUUGAUCUUGGUUAUAAAAUCAGAAUAUAUUAUUCAGAAAAAAACAUGGCCUAUAACUGUUCGUAUAAACGUUGAGUUGGAAACCACCGGUUCUUUCCGGACCCAACACUCACUUACAUAACCGCAAACCUCGCUUGAUUAUAAUUAUACUAUACUCUCCGAUGCAUAAGUUUCAACAUUGCCGACAAAUCAUGAAACUUGCAGUCAUAAUAUUUCGAACGAUUGUUUUGGCCGGAUUGUUGGUGACUCUGGCAGAGUUUUGGUAUACGCAAAGGACAUGGCUGUAUUCACCACUGUCGCCACCAUCUUCGCUGUAUUCACCACUGUCGCCACCAUCGGCAGAGAGCUUCAAUAUAGGACAGUGCUACUCAUACAGCCAGACAGGCCAACCUCGUCUUCCUCUUUUGCCGUUGUCAGUCAGAACAACAUUGGGAUGCAACAAAAAGCUACCGCGCGCCAUUGUGAUCGGAGUGAAGAAGGGUGGUACGGGAGCUUUCAAAUUUUUCCUUCGAUAUCACCCUCAGGUUAGUUACACCAAUGGAGAACCCCACUACUUCUCCGUGAAAAAAUUCAACUACAACGCAAAAACUUACAAGACAAUGAUGGCCGAAUCGACCUCUGGACAGCUAACCGUAGAGGGCACACCUUCAUAUUUCUCGGUCCAAAAAACCGCCAACCGAGUCAAGAAAGCGCUUCCACACGUGAAGUUGAUACUUCUACUAAGGGACCCGGUGAAACGAGCUAUAUCUGAUUACGUACAUGUUCAACAGGUAAUGACAACCGAGAGACGUCAUGACGACACUAGGAAAAGAUCUGAUAUUCAAAUUGGGUCAAGAUACGAGAUUGCAUCUACAUUCAAGGAGUCUAUUUUCCACUCAAACGGCAGCCUCAAAACCUACAAUCUUCUCCUCGUGAAAGGCCAGUAUGUGAACUUCCUUUCAAGGUGGUUGGAGCAGUUCCCAUUGAAGAGGAUUCUUAUUCUGGACGGCAGUUCGUUCACAAAGGAUCCCCUCCCGACCUUAAAGAAGGUGGAGGAGUUUCUUGGGAUAACUCCUUAUUUCACACCCGACCACUUUAAGUUCAUUGAAGAGAAAGGGUUUUAUUGCCUGCAAAAGCCUAUCGAGGGAAACUGUUUGGCUUCGAAUAAAGGGCGCCCCCCUCCGCAGGUAAGCGAAGAGGUUAUCCAGACUUUGCGAGAUUACUACGGUCCUUUUAAUGAGAGACUUAAUAAAAUGCUGAAUCGAACGUUUUCCUGGUCAAUUUAAAAAGACAAAAAAAAACAAACAUAGUGCAAACAAAUCACCAUCUAGCGGAUUUAAAGGCGAUGGAGUUAUGGAAAGGUGUAGGCUUACUCUUUCUCCCCCAGUAAUAAUAUUUUUCAGCAACAAAGACGGAUCAGAAGUGCAACACAUGUGAUUGUUUUAAACCAAGAAGUUAUAGGCAGUGGACACUGUUGGUAAUUACUCAAAACAAUUGUUAGCAUAAAAACCUACU